CUGUUUUUUUUUUGUUGUUGUUGUUGUUGUUUGGUUUUUUUUGGAAAUCUCAAUACCAUGACCAUGAGCACUUUCUUAUUUUGGAGUCACUGUUGCUUUCAUGUUCCACAUCUUGUCUAGUUCUCUCUCAGCCCUUGGUAUUUCUCUAGCUUCUUGUGUUCCUUCUUCCUGAUGUUGCUAUCUCUGGUCUGGCUACAUAUAUCAUUACGGCCUGUAGAGGUUGUUCCUAUGCUGCCAUGAUUGGCGUGUCUGUGCUGUCUUUCAGUUCAGCUUUCUCCUGCCAUUCGUAGGAUUUCUCGAAUGGUGAUGCAAUGCAGGGGCCGGUCCACCCAUGAUGGUUCCACUUCCUGUUCCUUAUUUUUCAGGUUUCUGCUGUUUGAGGUAUUCACUAAACGCAUGAUCAGUUGUGGCCAUCUUCCAGAAACACUCACAGAUCUUUGUUGUUUCAUCCUGGAUAAUGGUUCUGACACUCACUAUUGACGUCAGUGGCCAGCAGUGAGGACAGAGAAUAGUCUUGGUAAAUCUCGCACUUGAUGGCAACUUGUACUGUGGUUUAAAGUUGGUCUACAGUGUUGUUCGAAGUGUAAAAGUGGACGACGGGUCGAUUAGAACUUCCUGUUUAUACACAAAGCGAUCGAGAAGAUUUUUUGAAGGUACGUGUCUAAUAUACAAAAAGCCCCGUCUGGCCUUUAUACAUUUUUGUGUGUAUUUUAAGGCACCGCCAGCGAUUAACUGUAAAAAUAGUUGUCCUGGGUUAAAUUUUCGAUUUUGAGCUUUCAAAUUUCCUUGUACGAACUUCCUGCUUUAGGUUCGGUUGUCAUCGAAAAAUGCUUACUAGAAGCUGCCUGAUUUUCCCAAUUAUAUUCUUCACCGGGAAAUCAUUAGCAUGUCAUCAGAUAAACGCUUCUUGUGCCGACAUUAAAACCCUCGAUGGAUUCACGUUCAAACAUGGAUCACUUCCCGAGGGAAGUAAGAUUUAUGUCUACGACAACGGGACAAAUAUUGGCCAUGUUAAACUGCAGAAUCCACCCUCCAUUGGGUUGUCACCUGAAGUUGUGCACAUGGACAACAACUCAGUGACGACAGUGAAGUGCAGAGACAUCACAAUUCAAAGCAUAGUUCCUGAUGGAUUGAGGAAGGGAAAGCCUUUUGUCAAAGAACACUGCACCUAUUUCAAAAUUAUUGCUGAUGUCACAGCUCCAAUUAAGACCGAUCCCAACGAGUCACAGGCGUUGCCGACCCUCAUCUUUUACAUUUUGCCAGCCAUUCUAGGGAUAAUCAUAAUCAUAAUCAUAAUUGGGAUUGGUCUUCUUCUCCGCAACUGGAAAGCACAUCUGGAGCAGCAGCACAGUGAAGCCAGUGUUUCUGGGUUUAUAAUGUACCUACUGACUUGUCUCCAAAAGACAGGAGAGGGACAAGAAACUAGACCUUCCCCUGGACAGCGUAUAGAUAAUGAGCAAGGCAUUGCACUUGAAUGUGUAGUUGUUCAAAGCACUGAGGCUGAUGUCAAUACUCUUCAAUCCCCCAGCGUGGACCGCAACUUGAGCACAGAGAGAAUUCAGCUAACUAAAAAUGGAGACAUCAGUAUCCACAAUGUUAGCAGAAUCUCUCAUCACCGCUCUAUGAACAGGAACUUCAAGAAAGAACCAGGAGGGGUGAAUCGCAACAAAGGACAAAACAUUAGCGAACUGGACACUGGAGGUGCUGCUGGUAAUCAUGCAGAACAUGAUGAGACUGAAGGACAACCACUGCUAACCAGUAAACGUUUUGACAUGACAGGUGAAGCCGGACCAUUGGCGAACAAGGCUGGCUUUGACCGAGACGGAGUCAGCAGGUGCUCAGCUGUACCGAACACUGACGUGGAGUCACAAGAAAUACAAGAAGUAGGAACAGGAAGUAACCAAUAGCAACAACAACAAUGAUAUUAAUAAUAAUGAUGAUAAUAAUAAUAAUAAUAGUAAUAAUAAUAAUAAUAGUAAU